UUCUUCACAACUUAUGUUGUGCGCUUUGUCUAUUUUUAAGCUUUCUGUUGAACUCAGUGUAUUUGCCUGUGUUGGCGGGGCCGUGGACAAAUGGAAAGACAAUAAGGACGGACGUGAUGGUGAUGACUUGGAGAGAUCGAACCUCGCCCCGUGUGAUAAUCUUUUAAUAAUCUGUUCGCUUUAGCAUCUGUCAUGAUACAUGGACGUAAUGCUGGGUAACAAUGGAAUUGUAUUGUCCUACUCUGUUUGUGAUAAUGAAAUUUCUAUGACAGAUCACCUAGUGUGCUUUUCACGUGCAUGGAAGGAAUUUGGCAUGAAGUGCUUGUAUCUACUGACGUCACAUGAUGUAAAGCUAUUUUGUGAGUGUAACAUACAAGGGCUUGCCAUUCGAAUACCAGAAGACCAUUGACUACAUUGUCUGUGCCAUUGAUCAUAAUUUAGCGAGCAUGUCUUCGUCCGAUUAUGAAUUCACCCCCAACUUUGUUGCCGAGAAACCUGAUUCAUCGUCUCCGGAUCCUCUACGGGAUCUCUUUUCUUCCCACUCUGAGGGUGACAUCGACCCAGGUCAGAGACCGAUUGACGACUUGAACCAGGACUCACCGGUAUUUUCGAGCGUUAGAGACCGAUCGACUGAGAGACGAACGAGUGACAGCCAGCCAUCUCCUUCUUCAUGUUCAAGCACAGAUCCCACCACCGGUGCUUGUACCAAUCUGAUAGAGAACCGGUGGUGCAUCAAACGGCAGUUGCCGUCGACCCACACCCGCCGGUCAGACUUUCUCCUACAUCUGUCGGAGUACAUAUAUUGUUGUAGUGCGGAGAAGGAUAUCUUCGUUUCUUUGCUGGAGGAUAUCGGCUCAUUGUAUGGAGGUGCACAGUAGAGAUACGUUGUGUUCUUCCUGUGUAAUAUUCAGUCGUAAGGAAUAUAGCUUGCAUAUGGCGAUGAUACUCAGACAGCUAAGUAAAGUGACUCGCAUUUGAUUCACGAGGCUGAAUACAUCACCGGCAUUUAACGAACCUCUUGCAUUAUUUUUCAGACCCUGUACACUUUAUUGCCCUUGUAUUCAUUGUGUUUUAUGAGUGACAAUUCAUGAUCUCGGUUUUUGAGAGGGGGGUACGGGCGGAACU